AUAAGAAGUGGAGCAGUCUGAGGGGAAGACGGAGGGAAGAGCGGCAGGUACUCAGAUUCACGGACUGGACAUGGGACUCAACACCUAAAUUGGACGUCAGUGUGGUGUAUUUCAGAAUGAGUAAGAGGGGGAGAAGGAGAAGCAGCAGACGGAGGAAGAGCUCCAGCAGCAGCAAACAGAGUGCCUCAUCCUACAUUUUUCCAAAACAGAACCACAGGAACAGCGAGAGCUGCAGAGAUGAAACCGUGGAAAAGGGAGAAACAGACUCUCUCAGAAAAGAAAACGCUCCAUCAGGAUCAGAUGAGAAAGAAAGUCUCAGCAAUGAGCCCAUCGAGGAAAAAAGAUUUAAACCAGACCAUGAUGUGACUUCGUUUCAAUGCCACAAGAGUGUUUAUACCAAAACCACAGAGUUGGAGGAGAAAGGACUGAUGAUCGUAACGUCGGUGUCUGUCAGCGACAUGAUAAACGUACCACCCAAGGUCGUGUUUCAGCAGUCACACGAACACUUUCCUGAACACCAGAUAAACUCAUCAGGACCCGUCACAGACAUCUUGAAAGUCAACUGCACUGAUGUUAAUGUGAAGCUGGAGAUCCCAGAGAAUGUUAGACUGAACACGUGUUGCAUCCAGACUACGUUUAACUUCACAAAUGGUGGCAGAGACGCCCCUGACAUGACUGUUGAGCAGCAAUGUGAACGGACGUGGACGUCAGACGCUGACAUGCCACUAGGACACGAGAUCACUCACACUAGAAACCCCGACAGAAAUGACAGAUUCACGUUUGACAGCAGGUGUGAGCAGAUGGAGGGUCGUAUCGAUUCAAAGUCUGUCUGUUUGACAAGCACAUGGGCCACGUCGGGUUCCUGUCAGUGCCACUGCGAUCAUGACCGCCGGAUGAUGAGUCGCCUACCAGACUCACCCUUGCUGCUGAACCUGGAUUCUCCGUGGAAGUGGAAGGGCAGUGUUGAUCAGUUCUGGGACAUCCCACCUCCGGAAGAGUUUGCAGACGGGAGAUAUGACACUUUAGAGGACCUGACGCAUGACCUAGCGUCAUUCAGGAUUGGCGCUUGUAGUCCCGCUUACAAGCGCCAAAGGUCAUUUCAUCUGCCCGACUCUGCUCUAUCCAGACGUCCGUUUUCCGCGCAGACGGAGGAAGGCGAUAAUCUGCCACCUUCGUUUGAUCAGUUAUCAGAAUCUGAUAACUAUGAACCUAUGUUCAUGAGACCCUCCUUCUCCACCACGAGGUCCAGCUUCACCAAAGAUUUCGUCCACUGUCAGAAAAGAAAGUCCUGGAUCAAACACAACAGCAUUGCCACUGUCGAGCACAGCAUUUGCUCGAUACUGAGCCGGAGGCGGCAGACGUAUCCUGGGCUGUCAGGGAGUCCAGGAAAGAUGCAGGAUGAAUACAGUGAGUCCUUCUCUUCUUUGAUCACGUGCUUGCUUCCGCUGCAGGCUGAGAGGCUGGAAAGGAUGCAGCAAUUUGACGACAGGUUUUCCGCAUUUGAGAUGGGACAUUUCCUGUCCUCACAAACCAGGAAACGCUCUAAACGUUUCUCAGACAUCCCAGACAUCUGUGAAGGACAGCCAGCACUUCUCAGUCCGUUCUGUAGGAGCUACUCUCACGGCAGGCUCACCGUUAAUGAAGAGGAUCAAACACAAAGGUGCAGCAGACCACUGGGCAUCGGCAUGGAGAUAGAGAGCCUGGACACUGAUACCUACGAGCCUCCGGACUCUGGAUUUGACCAAGAAAUCAGGGAAGUUGAAUCUCACAGCCCUGAAGGCCUUGCAGAGGAGGGAAGUAUACGUGGCCUUGCUAUACAAGUCAUUCCUCCAUCCUGCAGCGGCUCAGAGGAACAUAUGUUGCAUCCAUCCACGGCACUCCAGAGCGGAGAGGUCGGAGGUUCAGGACAAACGGAUUUACUUUCACCCAAAUCCUCAGAAACCACAGGGACUGGUGACACUCUCCAGGUGGACUCCAGUCCUUCACCGGGUGUCUGUAAGGAGCAGGAUCUUCAAACUGCUCUGGAAGACCUCUGCAAGUCGGCUCUGCAAGACGGAGACAAGGAUUCACCCAAAACAGAUGUGGUUACAGAGGAAACAGUCAACACUUUCGCUCCGCAAUCAACAAACGUCGAGCUCCAGGCAGGAACAGAUGAUCCAGACAAACCUGCGGGAGCUGCAUCAUGUUCUGACAAACGACCUCCGGACGUCGGAGUAAACGCAAAAGCAGCCCUCAUCAAGGCCAACAAGGCUGUUACCCUGUACAGAUCUUCCUCAGAGUCCAAAGAGCACCUGAAGCCUGUAGCUCACAAAGACAGGGAGGGCAGCGUUUCCGACCAAUGGGCCAAGAGACGGAAACUAUUCAAGGACAGUAAACAGUGGAGCUCUGCGGGAGGAAGCUCCUUCACCAGCGACAUCACCGAGGAGUCAGUAUCGGAGGAUACUCACUCUGCUGACGUGGCUUUUCAAGACAGCGAAGACUUCUACACGGAGACCUUCCACUUCUCAGCCUGGAUCUACCAGGGCGAUGAAGUGUGCUCGGAGCCCAUCCGUCCCAGCCUCACGCCCAGAGCCCGGCCGGUCUCCAUUCGAGAGAGGACCAUCAGGAUCAACAAAGGAAUCGGGGAAUAUCCCUGGGGCUUUCGGAUACAGUUCUCCAAACCCAUCGUGGUGACUGAGGUGGACACAAAUGGAGCAGCCGAGGAAGCAGGGUUGAUGGUUGGAGACUGCGUCAUAGCUGUUAACGGCAUUGAUGUCACCAGCAUUCCUCAUUCUGAGGCUGCUAAUUUAGCGAGGCAAGGUCCAGAUGUUCUGACACUGACCAUUGGAUCAGACAUCGCCCGUUGUCCGAACACGCCGCGGCCACCGUGUCGGGGGGCUACCUGCACAAGCGUACCCAGUCCGGUCUGAUCAAAGGCUGGAGGAAGAGGUGGUUUGUUCUCACGCACGACUGCUGCCUCCACUACUACAAACACAAACGGGAUGAGGGAAGGAGACGGGCGCUGUCCUCGGUGAAGCUGGAAGGGGCUGAUGUGGGUCUGGACGAUUCCCUGGGAAAGCCGUUUGUGUUUAGGUGCCACCCCCUGUCCGGUCAGCGCAUCUACCUUCUCUGUGCCA